AUGGCUGGGAACAAUCUCACUGAGGUGACCCUCUUCAUCCUCUCUGGAUUUGCAGAUCACCCUGAACUACAAGUCGGUCUUUUCUUAAUGUUUCUCUUUGUUUAUCUGUUCACUGUUUUGGGAAACCUUGGCCUCAUCGUGUUAAUCAGAAUCGGCUCGCAGCUUCAUACACCAAUGUACUUCUUUCUCAGCAACUUAGCGUUCAUUGACAUAUUUUAUUCGUCCACUGUAACACCCAAGGCACUAGUCAAUUUCCAAUCCCAACAGAAAACCAUCUCUUUUGUCGCCUGCUUUGUUCAAAUGUACUUUUUUGUGGGUUUGGUGUGCAGUGAGUGUUUUCUUCUGGGAUCGAUGGCCUAUGACCGCUACGUAGCAAUCUGCAAUCCCUUAUUGUAUCCAGUGAUUAUGUCCCAGAAAGUGUGCAACUGGCUGGGAGUCCUGCCAUAUGCAAUAGGUUUCACAAAUUCUCUGGUCUCAGUCUGUGUGAUAAGCAGCUUGGCAUUCUGUGAUUCCAGCAUCCAUCAUUUCUUCUGUGAUACCACAGCUCUUUUGGCCCUGUCCUGUGCAGAUGCCUUCAGCACAGAAAUGGUGAUCUUUGUGUUAGCUGGGAUCACACUUCUCAGUUCCCUGCUCCUUAUCACGGUCACCUACACGGCCAUCAUCUCAGCCAUCCUGAGGAUCCAGUCGGCCGCAGGCCGGCAGAAGGCCUUUUCCACCUGUGCGUCCCAUCUCAUGGGUGUAACUAUCUUCUACGGGUCCCUGAUCUUCACGUAUUUGCAGCCUGAUAACACGUCAUCCCUGACCCAGGCACAAGUGGCCUCUGUCUUCUAUACCAUUGUCAUCCCAAUGCUGAAUCCACUGAUCUAUAGUCUGAGGAACAAAGAUGUGAAAAAUGCUCUCCUGAGAGUCAUACGUAGAAAACCUCUGUCAUGA